GGCGCUAGUAAAGUAAAAAUACUUUGCCAUGUGCUUUGCAGUGAGCUGUACUACGAACAAUACAGGCUCACCAUUAGGUUAACACCAUAUCGAAUCUGUAGUUAUUGGUUGGAUUUGUACAAAGUUGAUUACUGCAAAUGAUAAUUUAUAAGUGAGAAAAAUGGCCGAUUUAAUUAAGACAAUUGAAAACGAUGAAGACAUAGUGAAUUUCUCGGACAACUCGGAUGAAGAAGAGGACUAUCAGCCUCGAAAACAGAAGAAAAAAGAACACAAGGAUUUUGACAGUGGAUUUCACUUUCUCUCUGAUGACGCGGAUUACAAUUACGAUACUUGGAACGACCUAAAUAAAUAUAUAACACGCACAGCAAAAACUAAGCUGGACGAUAAAAUUAAAAGAAUACGUGGCAAUAAUGGUUUACACACUACGGAUCCGUCACAUGCAGAAAACAAAGAAGAAGUGGAUGAAGAAGGGGAUCCGUACAUCUUCAAUGACGAUUUCCGCAAGGACAUCUUUAAAACAAAGACGUCAAAGGGCAAGAAGAAAUUCCUAAAACAACCCGAGAUGAUGGAGUUCGAGGAAUGCGCACCCGUCGACGUUUACGCUUCAUUCUACCAGAUGAACCUAUCACGGCCUCUCCUAAAAGCUAUAGGAACCAUGAAUUUCAUUUCCCCGACUCCAAUUCAAGCAGCAACGGUUCCCGUAGCUCUGAUGGGUCGAGAUAUCUGCGGAUGUGCUGCUACAGGAACUGGUAAAACCGCUGCCUACAUGCUGCCUACUCUGGAGCGUCUUCUCUAUCGUCCUAGAGAUGGUCCAGCAGUCACCAGAGUUCUCAUCCUAGUCCCCACUCGAGAACUGGGGAUUCAAGUCUACCAAGUGUCCAAGCAGCUUUCCCAAUAUACGACUAUCGAAAUAGGUCUCUCUAUUGGAGGUCUAGACCUGAAAAUCCAAGAGGCAAUUCUCCGCAAAAAUCCAGACAUCGUCAUAGCCACCCCAGGACGAUUGAUCGAUCAUCUCACAAACACUCCAACUUUUUCUCUCAAUAGCAUCGAGAUCCUUAUUCUUGAUGAGGCUGAUAAAAUGCUGGAUGAGUACUUCGCAGAACAGAUGAAACAUAUAGUGAAACAAUGCGCAAGAACCAGACAAACAAUUCUGUUUUCAGCAACUAUGACAGAAGAAGUGAAUGAUCUUGCCGCAGUCUCUUUGGACAAACCUGUUAAAGUGUUUGUAGGGUCGAAUCAGGAUGUAGCCUUCAAUCUCCGUCAGGAAUUUGUACGAAUUAGAAGGGAGAGAGAAGGAGAUCGAGAAGCUAUUCUAGCUGCCUUGAUCUGCAGAACUUUUCAUAAUAAUGUAAUGGUCUUCGUACAGACAAAGAAGCAGGUGCAUAGACUUCACAUCCUUAUAGGAUUAUUGGGGAUCAAGGUGGGGGAAUUACAUGGAAAUUUGUCGCAGCCCCAGAGAUUAGAAAACCUGAGAAAGUUUAAGGAAGAGGAGAUUGAUGUAUUGUUGGCCACUGAUGUUGCGGCUAGGGGUUUAGAUAUUAGUGGAGUCAAAACCGUUAUUAAUUUUGUCAUGCCAGCUACUAUUCAGCAUUAUAUCCACAGGGUUGGAAGAACUGCGCGAGCUGGCAAGGCUGGGGUCUCUGUCAGUCUCGUUGGAGAGCAUGAGAGAGGCCUCGUUAAAAGUGUAAUCAGACAUGCAAAUAAUCCAGUGAAGAAUAGGAUUAUUGCGUCAGAUAUUGUAGAGAAAUAUUGUGAGAGGCUAAAAGAGCUGGAAAAGUCAGUGGAGAAGAUUCUCGAAGAGGAGACAAUAGAAAGAGAACUUGCUAAGGUGGAGAACCAGGCGAAGAAGGCGGAGAGAUCCUUGAAGAAUAAGAAUCAGGAGACCAGAGGUUGGUUCCAAUGUUGUAGGGAGAAAAAUUUCGCGAAGAAAGGUUCAAGACUAGUCGAGUUCACAAGAAAAAAGGAGAGGAAUCUGGUACAAGAGAGCAAGCGGCAGACAAGGAGAAAAACAAAAGAGGAUGUGAAUUCGGUGGAGGAAAGGGCGAAUAAGGAAUUAGAUAAGGUGGCGGAGAUUCAGGCGAGGGCUGCCAAAAAAAGCGGAAAAUUGAAGAAAAUUAGGACAGUUAUUGAAAAUGGAGGAAUGCGACAAUACAAUGGUCCCAAGAAACGUGCAAAAUCAUCUUUUGCCUCAGAUCUGACAGACAUCGGCAGAAAGGGAGUAAAGAGAUUACGUUACGAAGCAAACAAAAAGCAAAAACAAAAAUUUAAAAAACGGCCGAAAAACCAGACGUGAGAAGAAUUCUGAAGGAAAGGUGGAAGAUAAAACUUGAAGAAGGAUUAACCUAUUAAAUAUCUAAAAAAAUUUAAGAAAUAUUAUAAAGCCAUGUUCUCCACCGUUAUAAAAUAAAAAAAAACAGAAAUAUGUUAUCUGAGCUUGAAAAAAUAAACAAUGCUUUUUGAGGGAUGGCGGUAACGA